GGCUGUAAUUAUUGAAUGUGGGUUCUAAAAGGCAAUUAAACGCCCGGGGGUGUGAGGACACGUUGUUUGACGAACCCGGAAGUGAGCGGUGCUGCGUUCAAAAACACUAUGGAAAAAACACUACCUACGAAACGCGUCUCUUUGAGAAACGACGAAAAUACGCCACUGAAAAAAUUCUCCGGGCCACGGAUGACCAAGAAGUUCUUAAAGGACCACUGCAGGGAAAACAGGCUAUACAGCACACCGCAUCUGAAUGACACACUCUACCUACAUUUUAAGGGUUUCUCCACUAUUGAAAACUUGGAGGAGUACACUGGGCUUAAGUGUCUGUGGCUGGAAAGUAACGGACUGCAGCGCAUUGAGAACCUGGACGCGCAGAUCAAUUUGCGCUGCCUGUUCCUGCAGCAGAACCUGAUCCACAAGUUGGAAAAUUUGUCACCUAUGCAGAAGUUGUGCUCCCUGAAUGUCUCCAACAACUACAUUAAUACCAUCGAGAACAUCUCCUGCCUCCCUCAGCUCAGCACUCUGCAGAUCGCACACAACAAGCUUGAGGUGGUCAACGACAUCCAGCACCUGAGUGAAUGUGUGGCCCUAACAGUUCUGGACUUGUCACACAACCUCCUCCAUGAGCCAGGGAUUCUUCCCAUCCUAGAGGCCAUGCCAGAAUUGCGUGUACUGAAUUUGAUGGGCAACAAGGUGGUGAGCCAGAUUCCUAACUACAGGAAGACACUAAUUGUCCGUCUUCGGCAGCUUACCUUUCUUGAUGACCGGCCUGUCUUCCCGCGAGACAGGGCAUGUGCUGAGGCAUGGGCCCUGGGGGGUCUUGAGUUAGAACGCAAGGAGAGGGAGCAAUGGGACAACCAAGAAAGAAAAAAAAUCCGGGAGAGCUUGGACGCCUUGGCCUUGAUUAAGAAGAAAGCACAGCGGAAACUGCGUCUUAAAGAAGAAGCUGCGAAAGGUGACUGUGAGGCUUCCAUCAAUUCCGAAACUGCUUGUGAAGAAUCAUCUGCUGAAAAUAUCCGUAGCUUUGUGCAGAAUACAUUGGAUGCCCACGAUGAAUUUCUCCAAAGUCAAAAAACCUGUGAAAACCAGAAAGAUGACCAGGAAUCAGAAUUGGAGCAGCUUGAUGAAUACUUAGAGUCCAACAGUGAAGAUGAAAUGUUUAAGGAGGAUAAAGAAUUGGCCCAAGAAUCAGAUGAAGAGAAAGCUCGUGUUGUUGUUGAUAAAACAGGAACAGAAACUACAAUAACUGUAAACUAUGAUGACGAGGAGAACCAGAUUCUUUCAGUGAAGGUAGACUCACAUUGUCCCAGUCUACCGGUAACCGGACUGGGGGAUGCAACGGUGCUACACAUUGACGACAUUCUUGUUGCUGAGGAUGAUAAACCGCCUAGCAUCCAAAGCCCUGUGAAUGACAAACUGGAGGGGGAUGGUUUGAUAGAGGAGCUUGAUGGAGAUUUGAAGGAAGAGAUUAAACAGAAAGAUGAAGAACCGUCUCAAUGUGGUGAUGAUUGUCAAGGGGACCUGGUUCUUGAGCAUGAGUCAGGACAAGAAUGUACAAUUUUAAAAACUGAGCACGAGCUUUCUUCCGUAACGGAAUAUUCCCCCAAAGAAACACAAAGUUCUAUCAGUCUCCGGACUCAAACGGAGGAUUCAGUCUCGAUGAAUGUUGAUAAUAUUUGUCAUUUUGAUUUAGAAAUGCCUCCUGAAAAUACUCAUAGAGUUGUGCAGGAAAUACUGGAGGUACAUGAGGAUGUUCUGCCUGUUCAAACAAUAUCACAAACUGUUGAAAACAGUGAAAAGGAAGAUGACUCAAAACCAGGGUUCCUGUAUGAAAGACUGGAGAACAAGGGUGAUAUUUCUGGAGAAAUGGAACAUGAACAUCACACCAUGAAUUUGGGUGGAGAAAGGGAUGAAGUUCAUGGCAGUGAAGCAGGAAGAGAACCUGCAACAUUUUUAAACCCUGAUAGCCAAUAUGUCCAGCACCUUUUCGUGGUAGAAUCUGGGGAAGAACCACCGAGUCUCAUUGUAUCGCAAACUGGGCUGCAGAGUGGGGAUUUACUCCAUACUGAUGAUUGUGUUGAUGAUAAUGUCAAACCAUCUGCUGAGAACAUCAGUAGAUCUCCGCUGGAAAUACUGCAGGUUCAGCAAUUUGAGGAAGACCAGAGAAGAGUUGAAGAUUCUGAAUCAGAGCAGCUUGAUGAUUUCAAGACUGAAAUUGAAGGGGAGAUUUCUAAAGAAGAUAAAGACUAUCAGCAGGUGGCUGGAGCGGAGUUUAAUGUCUUUGCAGAUGAAGCAAUAAUAAAUUCUAAAAUGAUAGUAUACCCAGACCAACAAGGGAACCAACUUCCUUUGGUGAUAAUUCCUUGUGAAGAGCCACAAAACACAUGUCAACUGGGGACUGGAUUGCAGAGUGCAGAGAUCCUGCAUACCCAUGAUAGCUUUUAUCUUAAAAAUGUGGAACCAGCUUCUCUGAAUAUUGUGGAUGACAUACUGGUUCACCAAAGUCAAACAGUACUUGGGUCUGAUGAAAACCAGAAAAAAUAUGAAGACUCUGAAUCAGAGCAGCCUGAUGAAGGUAUGAAGCCAUCUAAGGAAGAUGAAGAAAGGGCUAAUUGGGGUGAUGGGCAGGGGGAUUGGGUUCUUGCAGAUGAAGCAGGAAAUGAGCUCGCAACAAAUAUAAACCCUGAGCUUCAGGAGAAUCAACUUCCUUUGGUCACUGUAGAUUCUUCUCAAGACCUGGAGGAUCUUAUCGAUCUUAUUGUUUUUGAGGAUGUUGAACCACUCACUGAGAACAUCCAAAUUUGUGUCCAGGAUACACUACAGGACUACGAGGAUUUUCUCCAAAGUCAAACUACACAACCACCUUAUGAAAACCAGGAAAAAGACGAAGUCACCAAAUCAGAGCAGCUUGAUAAUGGAUCGGGGGUCACAAUUGAAGAAUUUAUGUCUAAAGAAGAAGAACAACAAUCUCAACAUGCUAACAAUUAUGUAGUUAGUGAUGAAGCAACAAUAGAACUUACAGAAAAUGUAAACCAUGAACAUCAUGGCAACCAGCAGCCUUCCAUGGAGGUAUUCCCUACUCAAGCACUUCUCAAAACUCGAGUGCAUAGUGACGAUCAUCCUAAACUUGAGAAUGUGGAAGCAGUUGGUAGGAAAAUUCAUUACCUUGUGCAGGACUCAUUGGAAGUCAAUGAAGAGUUUGUCCAAGGUCAGACAUCACAACAUAUAGAUAGAGAGGAGGAUUCAGUUAUUGCUGAUGAUGUAGGAAAUGAGCUUGCAACAAAUAUAAACCCUGAGCUUCAGAAGAAUCAACUUCCUUUGGUCACUGUAGAUUCUUCUCAAGACCUGAAGGAUCAAGCAAUGCUCAUCGAUCUUAUUGUUUUUGAGGAUGUUGAACCACUCACUGAGAACAUCCAAAUUUGUGUCCAGGAUACACUACAGGACUACGAGGAUUUUCUCCAAAGUCAAACUACACAGCCACCUUAUGAAAACCAGGAAAAAGACGAAGUCUCCAAAUCAGAGCAGCUUGAUAAUGGAUCGGGGGUCAGAACUGAAGAAUUUAUGUCUAAAGAACAAGAACAACAAUCUCAACAUGCUAACAAUUAUGUAGUUAGUGAUGAAGCAACAAUAGAACUUACAGAAAAUGUAAACCAUGAACAUCAUGGCAACCAGCAGCCUUCCAUGGAGGUAUUCCCUACUCAAGCACUUCUCAAAACUCGAGUGCAUUGUGACGAUCAUCCUAAACUUGAGAAUGUGGAAGCAAUUGAUAGGAAAAUUCAUUAUCUUGUGCAGGACUCACUGGAAGUCAAUGAAGAGUUUGUCCAAGGUCAAACAUCACAGCAUAUAGAGAGAGAGGAGGAUUCGGUUAUUGCUGAUGAAGUAGGAAGAGGACUUGAGCACCAGGAUAGUCAGUUUCAUUCAGUUUGCGUAGAGUCUUGUGAAGGCUGGGAGGAUGCAGAGCUGGUCUGGAUUGAGGAUAUUAUUCUUGAAGAAGUCGAACUACUUGUGAACAGCAUUCAAAGUUUAGUGAAAGAUACACCAGAGGCUGAGGACUUUCUGCAGAGUCAAAAAACAGAUGAAAAGCAAGAAAACAAUGAGAUCUCUGAAACAGGGCCUCUUGAAGGAGUUAUGAAGAGUCAAAAAGUAGAGAUCUCCGAAGAACAGAGAGAACAACCUCAGACUGAAGGAGAGCUGGUUCUUGCCAGAGAAACUACAAAGGAACCUGCAGCAGUUAUGAAUACACCGCAAUGGGAAAACCAACUCCCAUCAGUGGUAGAUUUUCUUAACGAACCACAAAGUCCUGGUGCGAUGGAGAGUGAACUGGAGGAUGACGUUUUACUAUAUACUGAUGAUAUUCUUUUUGAGGAUAUGGAACCACAUGCUGAGAAUAACCAUAACCUUGUUCAAUACACACAAAAGGUCCAUGAGGAGUUUCUCCUAAGUAAAACAAUACGAUAUACCAACAUAAACCAGGAAAAAAUAGACGACUCCAAUUUAGAACACCUUGAUGAAGAAGUGGAGGUUGAGAUUAAACAUGAGUUGUCUGGAGAAGACAAUGGAAAGGCAAGAGAGGACUUCUGGGUUCUUGCCAGUGAGACAGAAAUGGAACCUUCAACAAUUGAGCACCAUGAAAACAAACUGAGUUUGGUGAUGGUAGAUUCUGAAGUAGCUUGUGAACCAGGCCCGCAAGAAACUGGACUGGAAGUUGUCGAGCUGCUUCACCUUGAUGAUCGCCCUGAUUUUGAGGUUGUGGAAAUGUCCUCCCCUCGGCAGGUGGUCGAAACAAAAACAGAAGUCUUAUUAGCAGAUGGUUUUGAAGAUGGAUCAGUCAUUAUUAACAUGCUCCCUUGUGGUCCAGAUUAUAUGUCACUGCCUUUAAUGAGCAGUGCCAACAAGCCACCAGAACCUCCUCAUGAUCCUUCCUUCUUAUACCCAGAAGAGGAUGAUAAGCUUCUGGAUCUGGAACUAGAGAAAAAUUUGAAUCACAUCAAAUUUCCCUCUUCAAGCCCACAUCUGGAAUGAGCUGGAAUGAUGUCAUAAGACUUUCUAACAGCACUUUGGAUUUUGUAUGUAUGCACUUUAAAUUAAACAUAGAAGUUCAUACGCAACAGAACAGAAUAAACCAAAGUAAACACACCAAAGUCAAUGCAAUGACAAACAUAAGCUUUUCACAAUGAAAACUU